AUGGGUGGUCCGGAGCACACUGUUAACGAACUUGCUCGUAUUCUCGAUGAGGAAACUUUCAUUCAUGUUAGGGGCACUCCUGCGACAGGAAAAACGAUCCUCGCACGUCUCCUCGAAACCUUCUACCGAAAGAAGAAUGUCCCUGUAAUCGCGCUCUACGCCUGGCCAGCUGGUCGGUCGUACAAGGAUAUUUUGAUGGACGCUGCUCGGGAAGAAGGAUACUCGCAGUUCGAUCAUCCCUUUCUACGAGACGGUAAGUAUGUGCUGAUUAUCGACGAGGGCCAAUUGACCUAUCAUGAUCAAGUUUUGUGGUUAGAAUUGAUCAAGUUCCAGAGCCAUAGCCACAGAACUGGGGGGCCUCGAAUUUGCAUGUUCACUUGUUAUGGAUCCCCAACGGAAGGGUCAGAAUUGAUAAACAUAGCAGGAAGCCCACUGGCCUCCCUGAGCUCUAGACAACGUGUUUCAAUAACCCCAUCUCACAUCGAGUUUUCACCAUCGAUUGGGCUUUUUUAUGACGCUGAAGAAUUCUCCGACAUUGUUUCUCGAUUCUGCGGGCAAGCACAUCAGAGCACUGAACUCAGACUAGACAGCACUGCGCAGAGAUAUAUUUUUGAGCUUACCAGUGGUCAUCCGGGCGCAGUUGACGCCAUGCUCCGAAUGUUGCUGUAUUUCUACCACAGUGACCUAAAACACAAAGGGCUGACAAUCACCGAUGAACACGUCAUCAAAGUUCUCGACAAUGAAGACAAAGCAUUCAAAUUACUCAUGUCAGAAAAUGUUAACCGUUCGUUCCCCCGGAAAAAUGUUACUAAAGAAGCAGCUGAAAUCCUCCGUAAGGCUUUAUCUGACGGAAGCGUGCCGAAAGAUCUUGACAAUCCCGGUGUCAAGCAGUGCUACGAAAAUGGCUGGCUGCACUCAGAGCCCAAAGAUUUCUUUACAAAUGAAAUUCUUUGCGUAUUUCCAACGCGCCUACACGCUAAAUUUGUGGAAUAUUUCUGGACAAACAAAACACAAGAUUUCCCGAUCGAGAGGUUCCCUGAUAUCGCCUGUUUGGCUCGAGAGGUUCUGGCCAACUUUUCACCGAGAAACAUCUCUGGUGCUAUCCGAAUGGGGUGCGCUGCAAUGACUCGCCCAUACGAAGCUUCGUACCAAGACGAGUUCUACCGGGCAAGCCAUCAAGUUCUUGGGUAUGCAAUGAACGUCACAAGCGAGUGGUCUCCAGGAGGGCGCGGGCGAAUAGAUUUUCGAUUUGCUCAGGUAGGGUGGGGAGUAGAGCUCAUCAGAGAAGGAGAUCGCCUGAAAGGACAUUGUUCGAGAUUUGCUCCGGGUGGCUCGUACGCCCCGUGGAUUUCCGCUGGCCUGUUAACCCAAUGGUUGAUUAUUGAUUGCAGGACAAGCUGGCCAGAACCGCUUGAUCCCCCCGAGCCAAACUUUUGGCGGGCAGUUUUUUCAGAAGAUUUUAGCUCUGUCCAAAUUCUGGAUUCAUCGAAUUCCCCUAUUGGAGCCUCUAUCCCCCUAAUGUCAUGA